AUGGUGAAGGACACCACAUACUACGACAUUGUCGGCGCCGCGCCGGGCGCCACGGAGGUGGAGUUGAAAAAAGCGUACCGCAAACGGGCCAUCCAGCUCCACCCGGACAAAAACGGGAACGACCCCGGGGCCGCGGCCAAGUUCCAGGAGUUGGGCCAGGCGUACGCGGUGCUCUCCAACGCCGAGAGCAGGGCGCUAUACGACGAGGUGGGCGUGGAGGGCCUCAGCGAAAGCCGCGCGGAAACCGCCGCGGACAUCGAUCCCAGCGAGCUCUUCAAGAUGAUCUUUGGCGGCGGCAGUUUUGCGCCCUGGAUCGGGCAGUUGUCGAUGUUCGACGAGAUGUCCGAGACCGCGGAAAUCUUGGCCGAGAGCGACGACGAGGCGGGCGGCUUGCAGGCCCAAGGCGGCCAGGCGAGCACGGCGCAAGCCUCGGAGCCCGGCAGCCCCGGCCCAGCGGAACAGCCGCCGGCGGGCGCCAGCAACGCGCCGUCCGAAAACGGAAAUACCGACACGUCCACAAACGGAAACACCGAGACGUCCAAGAAGCACAAAAAGAAGAUGACACGUGCGCAGCGGGAGCGGCUCGUGGCGGCGCACGACGCGUCGCGGCGCCGCAAGGAGGAGCGGAUCCAGGCGUUGACCGCGGCGCUCGUCUCGCGCAUCGACAGCCUAAGGAGCUGCGCCUCGGCCGAGGCACGCGACGGUUUCCGGGGCAAGCUCCGCCGCGAGUUGGAGGACUUGAAGAUCGAGUCGUUCGGCAUCCAGCUCUUGCACUUGAUUGGCCGGAUCUACGUGCAGCAGGCGCACGCCACGGUGCAGGCGUCCAAGACGUUUGGCGUGUCCAAGCUCUUCACCAGCGUCAAGUCGAAGAGCGAGCGCGUCAAGAGCGGCUUCCAGAUCGUCAAGAGCGCGUUGGACGCGCAGGCGUCCGCGGAGGACAUGCUCCGGCACCAGGCGGAGUUGGAGCUGGGCGGCGCGGAGCUCACGGAGCACGACCGCCACCAGCAGAUGGAGGCCGAGCGCUUGAUCACGGGCAAGUUCUUGGCCACGGCCUGGGCGUCCACGCAGUUCGAGGUGCAGGGCGUGCUCAACAAGGUGGCGCAGCGUGUGCUCAACGACAAGGCCUUGCCCAAGAAGGAGCGCGUGGCGCGGGCGCGGGCCAUGCUGUUCAUCGGCAACGAGAUGCUC